AUGGCUGGACAACAUUGUUUUUGCUCUCAUGCGAGGCCUGGGAUCGGCGCCCUUGCGGUGCUUCUCUUAUUCCUUGUUCUUCAUGCCUCAGGUGCGGCUGUACGCUUCGGGGGCAGUGUGUACCGUGGCCUUGCCGAAGAGGAACUGCGCCUGGGUGGCUCCACGCUAACGAUCCGGGCUGCUUUCCCAGCGUUUAACGGAUACGACGAGGCAACGUUAAAGAAGCUGUUGACCGAGAUGCUCUCUGUGAGCCACGUCAUGAGUGAGGGCGGAACCAAGCGGGAGACGCAGGCCGGUUCCAACUCGUGGCAGCGGCAGCUCCCACGACUGAUGGAGCGCAGCCAGGUUGAGGUAGAGGACAAUGGAGGCACCGUGCGACUCACUUUUCACCCGCUUUCCGACUCUGUUGUGAACGAGCCACUGCUCGUCGUGCCUUGUUUGCCGCGGAACCUCGCUCAGAAGCGUAGUGUGCUUGUUGAGGGCACAGAGGGCAAGUGCUGCCACCUGGGCAAUGCGUUUGUCAUCACGCCAAAGACGCUUAUUCGCAUUGAUACGGAUAGACUUGCGCAGAUGGGCGGGGCAGAGUAUAUUACUGGGAAUACGAUUGAAAUUCCGCUAAUAAAAGAAAAUAGUGCUGGAGUUGGUCCAAAAUUAAAGGUCAUGGAAGGGAAUGCCUGCGCGAAUACUGUCGAGGCGUCAACUAGUGAAAGUGAAUGGGAUGAGGAGAAACAGGUAUUUCGUUUCCUUGCAACGCGCGGUGGCUUGGUCACUCUCUGCUAUAUGCCAUUCCCGGAAAAUUUGCCUGAUGUGAUGCUGAAAGUGGGUGAGACACUAAAGAUUGCAGGCCCUGAGGGGGUUUCGACCGAACCCCUUCGACUCCGUUCUGGCGCGGAGUUUAAGGGUCACGUGUUUGGUACCAAUCUUUCGGAACGUGAUGAACUCGUUAUCACGGCACAGCUAUGCAGUGACUUCACCCCAGAGAAAACACUUUUACCAGAAUUCUCUCUCUCUAGUAGCUCUCGGGCCCUUUUCUUCGGUGUUCUGAGCAAAGAAGGCCUCUACCACGUUUGCUACUGUAGUGCUGGAUCGGAACGGUAUGUUAGGGUGGCGACACUGUUGGUUGAAAAGGACGUUGACGCCGCGACGAACAAGAAAGCAACGGAUUUGCCGUUGGAUAGAGUAGAUAACCCUCACCCCGCUUCCAGUACGGGCCUUUUGCAGAUUAAUCAGACAAUAAUGCUUUUCUUGAGGCAUGAGACACUCAACGUUUCUUCGUUGGUGUGGUCAGGAGGUCGCAUUGUGGGCCCAGGGGAGAUAAACUGCUUUGGGGCAUCUACCAUCACUUCACACGGCGACGAACCUCGUACUUUGUCGUUUAUCUUGCGCAACUACGGUGACAUGGCGAUGGAUCUCCCGCAGCUGGUCCUGAAAGGUGGAGGGGCCGUGCACAACUACGGACGCCUUACCAUAACCGUAGCCCAUAUGGGAGAGGCGGGGGGCGCCGGUAUCCGCUCUCGAAGUCGCAGCAAUGUAAUUAUAAACCGGGGUGGUAUUAUUCAUGUCAUCGCCGCGGAACAAGGCCCGGCCGUGUUGUGCCAAGCACAUAUAAUGAACAUGAAGGGAACACUUGUGCUCUCGGGGAGUUUGAAAAUUGCCGAACUGUUGGUUGGGGAAAGGGCCAAACUUGUACUAAAGCGUGGAGCCCGAGUUUCUGUGUCAGCUACGCGGCUUAGUGGGAGGAUCACAUUGCUGGAAAAUUCAGAGCUAGCACUUACGGGAGAUUCUUCGCUUGUUUCCGUCAACGUAAAAGGGAACCAAAGCCGUAUUCUCUUUACAGGGCCAUCACUGUCGCUUGAUUCUAUUAUCGUUACGGGCGAAGUUAUCACAGACAUUAUUGGCCCAUCAUCAGGUUCUUCCAUUGUUAUGGUGGCAUUGUACGGUGUGAUUGCCUUUGGAGAAGGGUCUCACCUGAAUCUUCGCAGGACACGUUUAACGACCAACAUGGGCUUGGCACAACUUGUUAUUGCGGGGGCAUUAACCGCCGACAUAGACUCCGUGGUGUUUUCCGGUAAAAUAUGGAUUCAGGUCAACAAUGUCGCAAUUAUGUACGGCUAUGGCAAAGGAUACCGCGUAAAUGAAGGGGGGGAAACUUCGUUUGUGUCCCUUGCCGUUGCUGAGAAUGCCACGCUUGUAGCCUUAUAUGUUGAGUCUUCGCCGGAUCCUCGCGUCAACUGUGACACGGCGCUCUCCUUUUUAGAUCGCUUGAAGGUCGAGGGUCGUUUCCUUCUGCGUGGGUGUGUGACAGUUCCUCUCGGUGGCGCAAUUAGAGGCUCAGUGGAAUACUUGAAGCUUUCCGAGGAGGUACCCACGCUCAUGCCGCUUCUUCUUGCCGCCAACAUACGCCUACCACUGGACGCCCUUCCAUCGCGGAGAGCGAGUCUCGUAUUGGGUGGUGAAACGCUGCUCCGCAUUGGGGCAAAACUUGAUGUGGGUGAGAUUGUCAUGAAAAAUGCGGUUCUUGGCAUAGAAGGUGCCGUCUAUGUGGGGGCCGAGGCAGCGCUUUCUGUUGACCGUGGCUCACGCCUCGUCCUGGAGCGUGGUUGUGUAAUUAACGCCACUGCGGUGCACGUGGAAGGCCUCUUGGAGGCGGACAUGCUACCUGGACCGCUGAUCACUGGGUCGCUCGAGAUUGCGAGCGGUGGCCAGGUGAAGUUGUACUCUGUUCGGGGGCCACCGUGCGUGGACGUGCUGAGUGCCGGCGGCGGUGUGCGAUGGGCAGGCGAUUCAAGCGUCGAGUGUUACUCCUAUCCACUGCUGCCUGUGUCAGAGUACUCCAGUAGAUCAUUGGAGCGUAAAAAAUAUAACGAAUUGCGCCGAAAAUGGUUUGCGCUACCGCCGAAUAUGGAAUGCCCAGAGGAAUAUUUACGUGAGGAGGCGAACAGGCUUUUUCUUCCAUUCUUUCAUUUUUACAUGAAUCUCUAUGAACCACUGCUGGGUGUGCCAUCGACGCAUGACAUGAUUGUUUGGGGGAUAACGUUUAUCUUUUUGGGUUUUAUGGUGGUGCAGGUUUUUCUGCAAGUCCAUGGAAUGACGUGGAAGCAGUGGCUUGUCGAUCUUGGAAGGGAGCCGCCCCUGCGUCUGACGCUCUCACGGUCCGAGUUUGCGCUGCACGGGAUGAACUAUGUGGUGCUUGCCACGCUGCUAUUCAGCGCACUACAGACGUCCAUGCUAGCUAUUCUCCCGCAAACGCCACUGCCUGUUGGUUUCAUGUCAGUUUUGCGCUUUCGCAGCGUAAUGCUUAUGCUGCCCCAUCGUCUGCUCAACGCCCAUGUGACGAUGCGAAGGGCGAUGACCAGCAUCUUCAUUUGGGGAUUUGCCGCUGUAGCGCUGAUGCUUCUGAACACAAAGCGCAUUCGUCUAAGCCGGUGCGGAAAGUGGGUGCAGGUCAUCGUACAUAUCCUUUCAAGGGUAGAAAAAGUUUUACAGCUUUUUCUCGUCGUGUUUUCCUUUCCGAUCCGGUCUCUCGUUUUAGACUCUUUCGCGUGCAACACGUUUCUUAGUGAAAUUCCUACAUGCGCAGAUGCUCAUGAUCGUAAUAUUAUGCCGAUCAUCUCCCUUUUGCUACUCUACUUCGUGAUGCCGUCGGGAAGGUUUUCGGCAAUGCAGCUCUUACACUGCGACCUACAGUGCCGACGAUCGGUGUUGGUUGCCCUACAUGCCUUGUCCUUGACGGAAAGCGCCAUGUGGAAGGUGCUAAGCAACAGUCCGCUAUUGUUGCUUGUCAACAACUUCACCUUUCGAUGCUUGCGGCUGCUCUUCCUUUUGCACGCUCCUCCCACGGCCUACAUAAACAUCAAUAGGCUUAUUGUCGAGUUUUCGCGUGCGGCGUUGUUUGCACACUUCUGUGUCCUGUUCCACACGAUUCGGGUUUAUUUGGGAUUUGCGAAAACAUGCCGUGAUGGGGAGAUAUAUUUUGUGGUGGUGGCCUUCCUUUGGUUCGUCAUGCUGGGCGUUAAUGUCUGUUACAACAUCAUCGCUGUGCCGGGCAAAUUUGCGACCACAAACAACGUCGCUAUUGACGCAAUUGAGCGCUCGAUUCAGCAGAUUCACAGCCGUAUCCAAGACCUGCAGUACGAGUUCCUGACAUGCGCCUCCAUGGAGGAGCGCGAAAACGUGUUGAACGCCACUUCCCGCCUUAACAUGGAGUUGGUGGAGAAGCAAGAACGAUACCGCCGCGAGAAGUACUGCAUUCUCGGCAGCUUUUAUUUUCCUGGGCUCCAUGCGGAGCUAACCCCGCAGGGGAUGACGUCGGCUGAAGAAAAAGCCAUGCAUUCUGAAGAGCUGGAGAUGGGGGCACUCCUGGCGUCCCGCCUAUCAUCAGCGUCACCAGCAGCGGCAGCAUCUCUGAUGUCAGCUGCUGAGGCAAAGCAAGAUGUCCAGGACCCACUCACGCAGGAGGAGAUGGAGUCGUUUCGUUGUGGGCCUGUCCUUGGCUCGGGAAGCUAUGGUUCCGUUCACUUGGGUAUUCUGGCCACUGGGAGACUGGUGGCGGUGAAGUACGUCAGUAUUCAGAACUCCUCCAAGAGGGCGCUUUCGCAAGUGGAGACGGAGGUGAACAUGCUGAAGGAACUUUCCCAUCCGAACAUCAUCCGUUAUUUGGGAUGCCGCACAAAUCAUGAUAACGUUUUGGUAUUUAUGGAAUUCGCCGUGGCGGGAAACCUCACCAGCGUUGUGAGGAGCUUUACAGGCUUGAAUGAAUCUGUGAUUCGAUACUACACGUAUCAGAUGUUGCUUGGGCUGCGCUACCUGCAUCAGAAGGGGGUGGUGCAUCGAGACGUCAAGGGAGAAAAUAUUCUCGUGGAUGGCUUGGGCGUUGUCAAGCUGGCGGAUUUUGGCUCCUCCAAAAAUUUGCUGGGCAUAAAUGAUUACAGCCGGGCGGGGUGUGAUACACUCGUCGGCUCGCCAUAUUGGAUGGCCCCAGAGGUAAUACGCAAUGAGGAGUACGGGACGAAGGCCGACAUAUGGUCCGUUGGCUGCACCGUCGUAGAGCUGCUCAACGGCGGAACUCCGCCGUGGCGAAAAGAAUUUGAGAAUGUUGUCUCGAUGUUGUACCUCGUGGGGAACACCGACGUCAUGCUGACCAUCCCAGAGGGGACCUCGGAGUUGUGCCGCGACUUCCUGAAGAAGUGCCUUGAGCGGGACAUAACGAAGCGGCCUUCGGCCGAGGAACUGCUUCAGCAUCCGUGGCUGGGGAGUGCGGAGAAGGACACCGCACAGCCAUCGAAUGAAUUUCCGUCGGGCCAUGUCCACCUAGGAGACUCUUGCGCGGCUUGCUCAACGGCAACUUCACCCGGCGGUAAGGGGCAGCGACGCCGGCUCCCUGAGAGCGACAAAACAAAAAAGUAA